AUGAAAGACCAAAAGAAGAAAAAGAAGAAGAAAUGGUCUGUUAAGAAAGGAAAGAAGGGGACAAAGGUAACGCCAGUGUCCCUCACUAUCCUCUGUUCAGAAGAGCCAGUCUCGACCAUCAGCCACUCCGAGCAGGCAUCGGCUCAUGACAUCGGCCGCCCAGAGCAGGCAUCGGCCCUGAACAUCGGGUGCCCAGAGCAGACAUCGGCCCUGAACAUCGCCCGCCCAGGGCAGAAAUUGGCCCUGAACAUCGGCCACCCAGAGCAGGCAUCGGCCCUAAACAUCGCCCACCAAGUCCAGGCAUUGGCCCUGAAUAUCGGCCUCACAGAGGAGCCAGCUCUUCCUAUUGGCUGCUUGGAGAGGUCUGCUCUGGCCAUUGGCUGCUCAGAAGAGCAAGACCCCAUCAUCGGCUGCCCAAAGAAGCUAGACACCGCCAUCGGCUGCUCAGAGGAGCCAGACACCAUCAUUGGCUGCUCAGAAGAGCAAGACACCAUCAUUGGCUGCUCAGAGCACUGUGUAAACAAAUCAGAUACCAUCAUCGGCUGCUCAGAGGAGCCAUAUACUACCAUCAGCUGCUCAGAGGAGUCAGACACCAUCAUCGGCUCCUCAGAAGAGCAAGAUACCAUCAUCUGCUGCUCAGAGGAGCUAGAUACCAUCAUCGACUGUGUAGAAAAGCAAAUGAAAGACCAAAAGAAGAAAAAGAAGAAGAAAUGGUCUUUUAAGAAAGGAAAGAAGGGGACAAAGGUAACCCCAGUGUCCCUCACUAUCCUCUUUUCAGAAGAGCCAGUCUCGACCAUCAGCCACUCAGAGCAGGUAUCGACCCUGAACAUCGGCCGCCAAGAGCAGGCAUCGGCCCUGAACAUCGGGCGCCCUGAGCAGACAUCGGCCCUGAAUAUCGGCCACCCAGAGCAGACAUUGGCCCUGAACAUCGGCCGCCCAGAGCAGAAAUCAGCCCUUAACAUCGGCCACCCAGAGCAGGCAUCAGCCCUAAACAUUGGCCGCCAAGACCAGGCAUCGGCCCUGAAUAUCGGCCUCGCAAAGGAACCAGCUCUUCCUAUUGGCUGCUUGGAGAGGUCUGCUCUGGCCAUUGACUGCUCAGAACAACAAAGGAGGCUGGAAUUCCAAAGCUGUUGGAAGGUUGAGGAGGAACAUGUCAUACAGAGGACCACGAUCAAUCAUACUGUCCUUGGGUUCUCGAACCUAGGGAAUACGUGCUACAUGAACGCCACUGUCCAGAGUCUAUUCAGCCUCACCAUCUUCACCCAUGACAUCAGGGACAAGGAAGGCUGCUGGAGGUCAAAUUUGCCCACAAGUUUACUGAAGUGUCUCACAGAUCUGCACUCAGCCAGGGCCAGCCCCAGCCAUCAGAGAAAGAUCAGCCUGCUGAAGACCCUGAAACAGACCAUCACUGCGAACUUCAGCGACUUCUGUGGGGAUGAGCAGCAGGAUGCUCAUGAGUUCCUCAGUGUUCUCCUGUCCCAGCUUAAAGACGAGGGGCUUUCCACGAGGACAAGGGUGGGGCUGCACCCUGACGCAAGUACCAUUGUGGAAAACUUUGAGUUUGAGCUCCUGUCCACCAGGACGUGCCUCAGGUGUGGGGAGAUGGUGUGUCGAACGGAGCCUUCCAACUGUCUGUCCGUGGAUUUAGUCCAUCAGGGCUCCAUAGAAGAUAGUUUGGCACUCUACUUCAAGGGCUUUGAGGUAGAGUGUAAGUGCCAGGGGUGCUCUGGGCAGUUGGCCUCAGUGGAUCAGAGGUUCCAGUCACUGCCUCGAAUGAGUAUAGAAUCACCAGCGUGCUCUCCCACAUUGGAUCGAAUAUGAGACACGGCCAUUACAUCAGUGACAGCAGCGACUGCAAUGGACGCUGGCUGUCAUUCGAUGACGAGCGAGUGACCCCGACGGACCAGAAGUCUGUGCUGAAGCGGAGGUCAAACUCAGCCUACAUGCUGUUUUAUGAAAUGGUUAAAAUUCAGCAGAUUACAAAAUAGAAAAGGCAACUUGGGGCAGUCUGUCUUGCAUUA